GGCUUAAGAAAGCGUACCAACAUCUUUACCCACAAUCCUUUGCUCUAUUCAGACAGCCAAGCUAAUGCACACCGGGAAAUUCAGCCGUGAAGGCAUGGCAAAUUUAUUCUCAAUUCUGUUCAUCCGCUCCCAUGAUAAGGGAGCUGUCUUAAAAGCCUCAUCAGUGCAUGGGUCCUUCAUCACUGGAAGCCAUGGAGGACCUAAACUCCAUGACUGUGGCUCCACUGAAGCGUAGAGUACAAGAGAGGAAACGGAUUCGUGAGAUUAUCAAGACUAAGUUGCAGCGAAACCUCUCCUGCUCAGGUUCGAAACUGAAGAGGACUCUAACAGGCUUCUUCCCAGUAGUGAAAUGGCUUCCGAAGUACAAGGUGAAGGAAUAUAUAUGGGGAGAUCUGAUGUCUGGGAUCAUAAUUGGCAUCAUAUUGAUCCCUCAAGCCAUUGCGUACUGCCUGCUGGCUGGCUUGGAUCCCAUCUAUGGCUUAUACACAUCAUUUUUUUCAAACAUCAUUUACUUUUUCAUGGGAACCUCAAGACAUGUUUCUGUGGGCAUUUUCAGCCUCAUGAGUUUGAUGGUUGGGCAGGUUGUGGACCGAGAGGUCUACCUUGCAGGCUUUGAUUUGAAUGAAGACAGUAUGAAAAAUGUAUUAGGGUUAAAUGACACUGUGAAAGCUAACACUACUCUGGUCAACUUCAAGAUCACGGCACUGAAUAUGGAAUGUGGAAAGGAAUGCUACGCCAUUAGCAUUGCCGCAGCUUUAACAUUUCUUGCUGGAGUCUACCAGGUGCUGAUGGCCAUUCUCAGGCUGGGGUUUGUCUCUGUCUAUCUGUCUGCUCCUAUGCUUGAUGGCUUUGCCACUGGGGCAUCUUGCACUAUCCUCACUGUCCAAGCAAAGUACCUGCUUGGACUUAAGAUCCCUCGACACCAAGGCUACGGCACAGUGGUGAUCACUUGGAUCAACAUCUUCAAGAACAUCCACAAAACCAACUUCUGUGACUUAAUAACCAGCGCCAUUUGCAUCAUAGUGCUGGUUGCAGGAAAAGAGAUCCAGGAUCGCUAUAAGAACCGUUUGAAGAUCCCACUGCCCACAGAACUGGUCGUAGUGGCAGCUGCCACAGUAGCUUCCCACUUCGCUGACCUAAACGGACAGUUUAGCUCCAGUAUCUCAGGUGCCAUUCCAACUGGUUUCAUUCCCCCAAAGGUGCCCAGUGUUGAACUGAUGCCCCGUGUAGCAUAUGACGCCAUUCCUUUAGCUGUCAUCAGUUUUGCUUUUACCGUUUCUCUGUCUGAGAUGUUUGCUAAAAAGAAUGGUUACACAGUUAGGCCCAACCAAGAAAUGAUAGCAAUUGGUUUCUGCAAUAUAAUUCCUUCAUUUUUCCAUUCUUUCACUACAAGUGCCGCCCUUGCAAAAACAAUGGUGAAAGACUCAACAGGUUGUCAGACUCAGGUCUCCAGUGUUGUGAGUGCCUUAGUGGUUCUCCUGGUCCUUCUUUUCUUUGCACCAUUUUUCUAUGCCCUGCAGAAAUGUGUCCUCGCCUGCAUCAUCAUCGUCAGUCUGCGGGGCGCCCUGCGCAAAUUUCUAGACGUCCCUAAGCAAUGGCGUGAAAGCAAGAUUGAGGCAAUUGUCUGGUUGGUGAGCAUGAGCUCAACUGCCUUAAUUAGCGUAGAGAUUGGACUGCUGAUUGGUGUGGUCUUCUCUAUGAUCUGUGUGGUGGGCCAGACUCAGAAUCCUAAGGUUUCGUUACUGGGACAAAUUGAACAAACCAACGACUUUGAGGACAUGGAAGAGUAUGAUAAUCUUUCACCUGUUCCAAAGGUGAAGAUCUUUCGUUUUCAAGCGCCUCUUUUCUACGCCAACAAAGACUUCUUUUUAAAAUCUUUAUAUAAAGCAACUGAUCUUGAGCCAUUCCAUGAAAUAGCCCGCAGAAGAAAACUGGAGAAAAAAGCUAGAGAAAAGGCUGCAAAGAAGACAGAUAGAGUAGACGAAACGAAUGGCGAUGUAAGUGUAAGCUUGAUUUCACAAAACAUUGAUUUUCACACUAUCAUCUUAGAUUGCUCCUGCAUCUCCAUAAUAGACACAGCGGGAGUGAGCACCUUUAAAAUGGUUUUAAAAGACUAUCAAGAAGUUGGCGUGAAUGUAAUUCUAGCUUGCUGCAACACACCAGUAAUAGAUUCUUUAAGGAGGGGGUCUUUCUUUGGGGCUGGUGACAAAAACAUGGAACAACUGUCAUUUCAUACCAUCCACGGUGCUGUUUGUUUUGCUACUGAUACGACACAACCGGUUAAUGACUCAUCUGUGUAAUCUAUCCACACAUGGACCUCAAGAGCUGAAAAACAUAUUUUGUAUUAAAACAUAUGAAACAUGAUAUUCAGCUCUUAGAAAUGAUAAAUGUUGAAUAUGUUCAACUAGAGAAGAUAGACAGCACACAAAUUCCACUCCUGUUUGAAUCAGAACUGGAUAUCAACAUUUUUAAUAAUCUGCUACUGUAGGCUAAAACUCAGGGGGUGUUAUUAUGCACACUGGAAGAGAAAAUUGCAUUUAUGUCUCAUAUUAAGUAUUUUACAUUUAUCAAACUACAAGAAAAUCAAUCAGAUAACAACAUAACUUCUUUGUUGCAUAUUUCUGAGCCCUCAGAAAUUGAUUGAAUACCAUUUUAAAUGUAAACAAGACAGAUAAUUAAUUUCCUGUGUGACUGGUGCAAAACUUGCUCUUUAAUUGCAAGAAGAAGAAAAAAAGAAAGGAAGAAAAAAGAAACAUCUUCACACAUCAGCAAAUAAUACGGGACCACGAGAAGACAAUACAGAUAUGUGAUUUUAAGUUGUCUGUUAUACUGCCUUUAAAAUGUACAAAUGUUUUAUUGUGUUCUUGAGGAAAUAAAAGUAAAGGGCAAAUUGAA